GGUUGUUCAGGAUAUAAGCGGAAGAUUUGAAAGUGGUGGUCCGUUAAGAUUAAACAGGAGACAGGCAGGUCAGUGAAUGGGAAGCAACAGACAGCCAGGAUUAUAAGGUUUAUAUAAUACCGUGGAAAUAGUACGGUGUUAUGUUAGAGAAUCUGUGGAGAAGCAGAAAAGCGGAAGAAUAGCUCCGGUUACAGAAAUAAAGAACACGGACACAAGAAGUGCUUCAAAGGAGCUAGCAGCGAGAACCGAGGAGGCAUCCCAGGAUGGUGAGGGAAGAUGAGAAAGCCAUUCCAGUGCGGGUUGCUCUGCGCUGCCGGCCCCUGGUGCCCAAGGAAAUCAACGAAGGCUGCAAGUCCUGCCUUGCGUUUGUGCCAGGAGAGCCCCAGGUGAUUGUUGGCAAGGACAAGCCGUUCACAUACGACUUUGUGUAUGACCCCAACACGGAGCAGGAAGAGGUGUUCACCACUGCUGUUGCCCCGCUGUUGACGGGUCUAUUCGAAGGGUACAAUGCGACAGUACUGGCCUAUGGACAGACUGGCUCAGGGAAGACCUUCUCAAUGGGAGGGGCAUACAACUCAUCCCAGGAGAAUGAGCUUGCAGUCGGGGUCAUCCCUAGGGUCAUAAAGAGACUCUUUCAGGAGAAGGACGAUAGGGAUGAAUUUCAGUUCACCCUCAGUGUCUCCUACCUGGAGAUCUACAAUGAGGAGAUUCUGGACCUGCUGUGUGCUAGCAAGGACAAACCAACUUUGAACAUCCGGGAGGAUCCCAAGGAAGGAAUUAAGAUCGUGGGCCUAACUGAGAAGGAAGUCUGCAGUGCUGUGCAGAUGGUGGGCUGCCUGGAGCAGGGCAAUGCUGUGCGCACAGUCGCCUCCACCGCCAUGAACUCUGCGUCCUCCCGCUCUCACGCUAUUUUCACCAUCACUGUUGAGCAGAGGAAGAAGCAUGACAAAAGUGUUCUGUUCCGCUCAAAGCUACAUUUGGUGGAUUUGGCUGGAUCGGAGAGGCAAAAGAAAACCAAAGCAGAAGGAGACCGUCUGAAGGAAGGGAUCAAUAUUAACAAGGGAUUACUGUCACUGGGGAAUGUUAUCAGUGCCCUUGGUGAUGAGAAUAAGAAGGGGAGCCAUGUGCCCUACAGAGACUCCAAGCUUACCCGACUUCUACAGGACUCUUUGGGAGGUAACAGCCAUACUCUGAUGAUCGCAUGUGUGAGCCCAGCAGACUCCAAUAUGGAGGAGACCAUCAACACACUGCGCUAUGCAGACAGAGCGAGGAAGAUCAAAAACAAGCCCGUCAUCAACGUGGACCCACGUGCUGCCGAGAUGCAGCGCCUCCAACAGCAGGUUCAGGAGCUACAAGUGUUAUUGCUACAUGCUCGUGGAGGUGUUGCACCAGUGCUGAGUGGGUCCGAGCCUGCUGGGAACGUGAAGCAAAUCCUUGAAAAGAAUCGCAGCCUGCAGGAUGAGAAUAACAAACUGAGUCGAGAGCUGAAUGAGGCGGUGGGGCAGACUGCACAGAUGUUUGAGAAGAUCAUUAUGACUGAACAGACCAAUGAAAAGCUGCUGAGUAAACUGGAGGAGCUCAGUCAACAUGCAGCUUGUAAGGUAGACCUGCAGAGGGUAGUAGAGACACUGGAAGACCAGGAGCUGAAAGAGAAUGUGGAGGUGAUUCGCAAUCUCCAGCAGAUUAUUGUAGAGCUUCAGGAUGAAAGUGCUGGAAUCACUGCCUCGAUUGAGGCUAUGGCUACUGAGGAUUCCCAGGAGGGUUCUGAGGAGCAGUGUCCCUCCGGGGAGGGGAGUCCUGAAGGCAAUGAUGUGACCCCAAAUUCCAUGAAAGCAGACAAACGUUCCUCGGAUGCCUUCACCACCCAGCAUGCCUUGCGACAGGCACAGAUGUCCAAGGAGCUGAUUGAGCUCAACAAGGUGCUGACCCUGAAAGAGUCGUUGGCCAAGAAGAUGAGCCAGAGUAACAGCCACCUGGAGCCCAUGCAGUCGGAACAUCAGGAAAACAUAAAGAUUCUGCAGGCUGAAGUGGGCUCCCUGCAGAAGGAGAGAGAGGAACUGGUCCUUGCCCUGCAUUGUGCAAAGAAAGACAUUAACCAGGCCAAGCUGAGUGAACAGCGAAGGAAGCGCUUGCAGGAGCUGGAGACCCAGAUGUCUGACCUGAAGAAGAAGCUGGUGGAGCAGGCCAAGCUGCUGAAGAUGAAGGAGUUAUCCUUGCACAACGUCACUAAACUCCACCUGGAGAUCCAGUCCAUGAAAGGCCAGCGAGUCCAGCUGAUGAGGCAGAUGAAGGAGGAUGGUGAGAAGUUCCGCCAGUGGAAACAAAAGAAGGAUAAAGAGGUGCUGCAGCUGAAAGAGAAGGACCGCAAGAGGCAGUAUGAGAUGCUGAAGCUGGAGAGGGACUUUCAGAAGCAGGCCACUGUGCUGAGGCGCAAGACAGAGGAGGCUGCUGCUGCGAACAAGCGGCUGAAGGAUGCCCUGCAGAAGAGGAGCGAGGCUGCAGAGAAAAGGAAAGAUAAUCAGAGCCGGGGCAUGGAGGGAGCUGCAAGCAGAGUCAAGAAUUGGCUCCUCAACGAGGUGGAGGUGCUAGUCAGCACAGAGGAGGCCCGGCGCCAUCUUCGAGACCUGCUGGAGGACCGCAAGAUACUGGCAAAGGAAGUGUUGCAGCUGAAACAGAAGAGUGAGGCAGGGGAGCGCCCGCCUGCCAAAAUACGGAGGCGCACUUUCACAAUAGCAGAGCUGGAGGGGAGGCAAGAACUAGAGGCUUCUCUUGGGAAGCAGAUUGAGAACCUGGAGACGGAGAUGGAGCUCAGGAGUGCUCAGAUUGCAGACUUGCAGCAGAAAGUGCUUGACGCUGAUAAUGAGAAGCGAGUGAAGCAGCGCUGGGAGUCAUUCGGCACUGUCCUGGAGGCCAAGUGUGCCGUCAAGUACCUGAUGGAAGAGCUUGUUUCAGCCAAGGUUACACUUGCAAAGCUGGACAAUGAUCUGAAGCAGGAGAAGACAAACUACUCUGAUUUGCAGAAGAUGAUGUUUGAAGAUAGGAAGAUCAUGGCAGAGGUGGAGACAGAGCAUCAGAGCCACCUGGUAGAGCAGGAGCAGAGACACCAAGAGAAGGUCCUGUAUCUGCUCAGUCAGUUGCAGAGUAAGGUGAAAGCGGUGGACGAGACCAAAGCAGAAGAGACUGCAUCACAACGGGAGGAGAAGCUGCUGGAGCGCUUAAGAUUUCAGGAGGAAGAGAUUGAGAAAAUGAAAGAACUGAGUGAACAGAACCAGAAGCUAAUGGAGGAGAAUGAUGCUUAUAAGCAGCAACUCGCCAUGCUGCAGGUUGCCAGUGGGAUGAAGAUGACCAGUAUCUUAUCGAGAAUAGUAGAGCAGUCUCCAGACUCCUCCUUUGAGUAUGUGCCUCCAAAGCCCAGGAACCGCCGGAACACUACAGCUAGGGUGCCCCUCUACAAAGAGCUAGACAUGAAUGUGGAUGAGCUGGUGUCUGCUUCGGAAUCAGAUGAGGAAAGGGACUCGGACUGGAUCCCAGACAAAGUGACCAAGAACCAAAGAAAGAGCACUACUACAUUCGGGUGUUCUUGUAAAGGGUUCUGUGGGAAUAAGCUCUGCCGCUGUCGGAAAGGUAAACUUGGCUGUGGAGAGAACUGCCACUGUGAUCCAGCGAAGUGCAGAAACAUGGAGCUAUCCACCAGUGUGGAUGUGUCCUGUAGUGAUGAGCAAUCGAAAAAUUCAGAAGGCUCCUUUAAAGUGGAAGAUCCUACUGCUGUCAGCCCAGGAGACUCUACCUUCUUCAAACCUCCUUCUGUCACUCCAACCAAGAAGGUACUUCAGGAGAUUGGAGAUGUUGGGCAGAUCCCACAAAACAUUAAACUUGAGAGGAAGCCCUCGGUGGUUGGUGACGAUGCCUUUGAUAACAGCACAGCCAGCAUCCUAAAGAGAAAGAAACGAGCACUAAACAGCACCAACAGCUUCUUCUCAGGGUGCACCCCCAUCCGAGAAGAGAACUGACUUUACUUUCUGUAACUACGUAUCUGAGCGAUCCUCAGGUUAGCUCUCUCUCUCUCUCUCCUCUCUCUCUCUCUCUCUCUCUCUCUCUCUCUCUCUCUCUCUCUCUCUGGCUGUCAGUUUUAUAAUUGUGUUUUUAAAUGUCAUUGUGUUCUUCUUUUUUAGAGAUUUAAUAAUUUUAAAUAAAGGUAUUUCAUUUUGCAGUCAA